GAAAAAACACAGAAACACCGCACAGGGAAGAGACUGCAGAGGAUCAUGGCUGAAGUGGAGGAAACACUGAAGAGGAUUCAGACACACAAAGGUGUUAUAGGGACAAUAGUUGUAAAUGCUGAAGGUAUUCCUAUUAGGACGACGUUGGACAAUUCCACCACAGUGCAGUAUGCAGGUUUACUUCAUCAGCUCGCUAUGAAAGCCAGGAGUACAGUCCGAGACAUAGACCCUCAGAAUGACCUCACUUUUCUACGUAUUAGAUCCAAGAAACAUGAGAUCAUGGUGGCACCUGACAAAGAAUAUCUUCUGAUAGUGAUUCAGAACCCAGGUGAAUAGAAGGACAGAAUCAGCAAGCGCACACGUUAUAUCAUGCGUAUUCAUUUAUCUUCUCAUUGCCUUAGUGGUUUAAUCUGCUUUCUGCAACCUAAAAUGUAAUUUUAAUAGCAUUUCUAUCAAACAUACACUUGUAUACUUUUUACCUUGCAAAAACACUUUGUUUAAUGAAAUAAAAUGUCAUCUGCAGGG